CAAUACUGUAUAGUACGAAGUAAGUUAUAACAGUUGACACUAAAAUCACUUUAAUUGUAAAAAUGCCUGAUACAAUUUAUUUAGUCGUCCAUUUAGUAUUGUUGUGCUUAUAAUCAAAAGGAACAAAAAUGUCAUUAAAAGCUUAUGAAGAUGCAUGUAUGCGAGCAGAAUUAUUUAAUCAGCCUAAACCUGACAAGGAAGAGUUUUUAGAAAAACACAAAUACUUGGAUGUGAAUGAAUUCGAGGAAGUUGACAUAAAGUCAACAGAGGAAACGGCCAUAUUAAACGAUGGACUUCAUGAAUCGGGUGCUUUGGGCGACUUAGGGACUAUUCUCAAUUCCACUCAUAGUAAAUUGAGUCGUCUCAAGGGUGUUUGUGGUACCGUGACAAAUUAUUUUCGAGUGAAAUUAGCAUCAAAAGAUUUAUCAUACUCCAGUGAACCAAGCUACAUCGGUCAAACGAAUUAUGACAAAGAUUUCGUUCCGUCGGCAAACUCGGAAUACGCAUCUGUCAACAACGACUUAGGACCCAGAGACAAUGAAAUGACACCGAGGGCGGGAAAAAGACAAAAAUUUGGUGACAUUAAUUCCGCAAUUGAAGAUUUAAAACAAAUGGAAAAGGCAGAAAAUAGUUUUUCAUUGGGUGGGAUGUUGCAAUAAGUAAAUUAUAUUUAUUCGUUUUGUCACCUUCUCUUGGCGAAGCUUAAAGUGUUAUAGAUAGUAAACAUAUUAAAGCUUUGCAGUUAAUAAUUGCUAUUUAUAUAUAGUAUAUACAUGAGUACGUUUUUAAGUGUUGUGUAAUUUAGAGAAGUUUUACCCGAGGUAGAGACAGAUCAGCAAUCAUACUUCCCAAAUAUAACUUAGAACUUUGAGUCAGCUUAUUAUAUGUAACAUUAAAAAGUUCUUGGGAAUGUAAGUUUUUUUCCAAAACAAUAAGUAUACGUAUAUCGUUAAACUUUUGUCAUUUUAUCUCAAAAUAUAUUAUCGCUUCGCGUUUUUUAAAUCUAAAUGUUAUUCGAGGAAUUUUACUAAAUUAGCAGAAGAUAUAUAACUAUAUAUAUAUUUAAAAUUCCUUAUGGCUUUAAUAAAUUAAAACACAUGUAUAAUUUUCUAUUGUUAUGACUGUAAGAGUCAAAUAAAAUUAAAAAUUUAUUUAAACAGUUGCGCUUUAUGUUCUCUAGAAUAAUUGAAAAGUCUGUGAUU